AUGGCGGCGUCCCGACGGCGCACGUCGGCGGAGUUCCAAGGGAAUGGCAGCCUAAUGCCGCCGUCGGCGAACGCGAUCGCUUCUCCCCGCGGCGGUGGCGCGCCCAGCCGGGAGGAGCACGCGAACGGCGGCGGCCCGGCGCUCAGCAGCGUACUCUCAGCCACCGAGGUCACCGGCAGGAGGCGGCCGGCGGGGCGCAUGCCACUAUGGCGACUCGGCAUGUUCGCCUCCCUCGCACUGAAUGCCGCCGCACUCGCGCUCCUACUCCCCCGGUACAUCGUUAGCCACCCGCACCAUCCCGGUGUCGUCUCUCUUGAUCAGCAACACCACGCCUGCGCCCCGCAGCCGGGCACCAGCGGCGCGGCGGCGAGUGCGCCAUCGACCGGGAAGCCGGCAGUGACUUCCAAUUCUGUUAUUCAUCUGGACCACGGGGACCCGACCAUGUUUGAGGCCUUCUGGAGGGAGACCGGCGACGCGGCGGAGCUCGUCGUUCCGGGGUGGCAAACGAUGUCCUACUUCUCGGACGUCAGUAACGUGUGCUGGUUCAUGGAGCCUGAUUUCGACCAGCAGGUGCGCCGCCUCCACCGCACGGUCGGCAACGCCGCCGUGGACGGCUACCACGUCCUCGUCGGCACCGGCUCCACGCAGCUCCUCAUGGCGGCGCUCUACGCCCUGUCGCCAGCGGAUGCCGUCCAGCCCACCAGCGUCGUCUCCACGGCGCCCUACUACUCGUGGUAUCCUGCCGUGACGGACUUCCUCCGGUCCGGGCUGUUCCGCUGGGCCGGCGACGCAAGCUCGUUCAUCGGCGACGCCUACAUCGAGCUGGUGUGCUCCCCGAACAACCCCGAUGGCGCCAUCCGCGAUGCCGUGCUGGGCUCCGGUGGCUCCGGGAAGGCGGUCCAUGACCUUGCCUACUACUGGCCGCAGUACACCCCGAUCACUCGCCGGGCCGACCAUGACAUCAUGCUCUUCACCAUGUCCAAGAGCACCGGGCACGCCGGCACGAGGAUCGGGUGGGCAUUGGUGAAGGACCGGGAGGUGGCGCGGAGGAUGACCAAGUUCGUGGAGCUCAACACCGUCAGCGUGUCCAAGGACUCGCAGCUGCGCGCCGCCAAGGUGCUCAGGGCGGUCUCCGACGGGUACGACGGCGGCGCCUCGGCCUCGCGUCACCGGCUGUUCGACUUCGGGCGGCGCAAGAUGGCGGAGCGCUGGAGGAUGCUGCGCGAGGCCGCCGCCGCGUCCGGCAUCUUCAGCCUGCCCGAGGAGACCUCCGGCCGCUGCAACUUCGCCAACGAGACGGCCGCCAAUAACCCUGCGUUCGCGUGGCUGCGGUGCGACAGGGAGGACGUGGAGGAUUGCGCGGGGUUCCUCCGCGGCCACAAGAUCGUGACGAGGAGCGGGAACCAGUUCGGCGCGGGCCCGAGGUACGUCCGGGUCAGCAUGCUCGACAGGGACGACGCCUACGACAUCUUCAUCAGGCGCCUCGCCUCACUCAAAUGA